GUCUAAGAUGCCCAGACCUCCGUCUCCAGUGCCCAGCUGUGUGUCUAUGAAGAGUGACAAGUCCAUAGAUCAUCCCCCAAAUAUCAGCCCUCAGCCCCUUUCACAGACGUCUAAGAUGCCCAGACCUCCGUCUCCAGUGCCCAGCUGUGUAUCUAUGAAGAGUGACAAGUCCAUAGAUCAUCCCCCAAAUAUCAGCCCUCAGCCCCUUUCACAUACUCACACAGCAGAGCCUGGAGCAGUUCUGUGUGCUGUUUGUCCAAAGAGGGCGUUUAAGUCUUGUCGGACCUGCAUGGCCUCCUUUUGUGGAGACCAUGUGAAACCCCACUACACAGCACCAGCACUGCAGAGACACAGACUGGUGGAGGCCACUGAAGAUCUGGAGCUGAUGGUGUGUCAACGACACAACAGAGAAAUGGACCUGUACUGUAACACUGACCAGACUGCCAUAUGUGCUCUGUGUGUGGGGAAGACACAUAUGGGACAUGAUGUCAUAGAGCUGGGAGAACACCAGGUACAUCUGCAUUGA